AGUACACCGCAUAGUUAUCGGAAUAUCCGCGUUCAUCAAGUGGCGCUGCUUACAAAGCGUCGAACCCGCCGAACUUCGGCCGUUGAAACGAUGUUUAUGGUUUGCCGGUGUUUGUGAAUUUUUAUAAGAAAAAUCCAUCGGCAUCAUGAAAUUAGUGAGAUUUUUGAUGAAACUCAGCCAUGAGACGGUUACGAUAGAACUGAAAAAUGGCACGCAAGUUCACGGAACUAUCACAGGUGUGGAUGUGGCAAUGAACACCCACUUGAAGACUGUCAAGAUGACGAUAAAGAACAGGGAUCCUGUACAACUCGAUACGUUGAGUUUGAGGGGGAACAACAUUCGAUACUACAUUCUGCCUGAUUCUCUCCCUUUGGAAACCUUACUUAUCGACGACACACCCAAGGCUAAAGCAAAGAAGAAGGAAGCCGCACGAGGUGCGGCUCGUGGAAGAGGUCGCGGUGGACGAGGAGCAAGAGGUGGCCGUGGAGGUCGUGGCAGAGGAAGAGGCAGGCGAUAGUGUUCGAAUCAAUUGAUCAAUUGAUGAUUUGUGAGAAGCGUAACGAGGUGUUGUCUUCUGCGAUUUCUCUUGCCACGCACCUCGGUGAAUUACACCACAGACCAGCGUUUUAUAUUCUUAAACAAGUCUUAUACCAAUGCAUUCUAGUUUAAGUUCGAUAAAAACGUUGAUAUCUUACAGACAUGAAGUUAGCCUGUAACCUUACGCUAACUUAAUAAUAAAAUGAAAUUCUUUUUUCUGUCGGGAACAAUAAUUAAACAUUUUUUGUGGACAAAAGCAUUUUGGUAUUUAAUUUAACGAUCUUCAUUCAUCUCUUGACGCGUUUUGCAGACUAGGUAAUUUCAAGCAAAGUUGUGUGGAAAUAGUGCAUUUUAUUUCAUAAUUACGUCAUUAUGGUAUUCCGCGAUAGUGUUGCAAAUUUUAUAUUAUAGUUCAAAAAAAGAAACUAGCCGAAUUUGACGUUACCGCGUCAUAUAUAAAAGUGUUGUGGAUCGGCUUGCAUUGAUUCGUUAUGAAUUUUAUGGUCUCUUGCGCAGCUAGCCCUCCUAAGAAUGCCGACACUGAAUGCAGCUCGGAUCCACCGUAACGACAAAAUUCAUGGACGUAGUCGUCCUUUGCCAAUGGCCCACAGCCCCACUCCGUCAGCAAUUUCGAAAUACAGGCCUGAGCAUACAUACAACCGUAGAAAUAUGUUAUAUUAUAUGAACUAUUUGUCUUAAGUAGUAUGGUGGUCAUUAAAAUAGAUUUGAAAAUUCCUGUGAUGUUGGGAGUCAGAAUUACGCGGCUAUAAAGAA